UCCCUCAAGGCAUUAUGUACGGUGACGUAAUGCGAUUGUGUAUUAGGGAAAAUGGCUGCCUCCACAGGCAGUAGUAAAGGCGCUGCUCUCUCUAAAGCGGACUAUCUGAAACGUUAUUUGUCAAGAAAUGAAGAUUCGAAGAAAUCUAAAGCAAAGAAAGUUAAAAAGAAACGAAUUCUACAGCCUGGAAAAGGGAUGAAAAUUGUGGAUGACGAUGUGGACUGGAUGCAAAUGGAUACCAACAGUGAAGAGAAGCAGAAGGAGAACGAAGACGAAGACGACGAAGCCCCCGUGGUUGCGGAAUUCAUAGACGAGCGUCCAGAAGAGGUGAGGCUACUAGAAGCAUUCAGGACAAGCAACAAGUGGAGGACGCUGGGUGAUGACGAGUCAGUUUCGGUUGGCGAAUCCCAGGAAAGUCAAGACAGUUUUGACAAUAGCAACCAGAAGCGAACAUCCUCAGUGAAUCGUCAACGACAUGAUUUUCCUGAAGACUCCAUACCUAGAGGAGCACGUCAUGAUUCCCCAGACAUCUCACCACAGAGAAGGGCACGUCAUGAUUCACCAGACCUCUCACCGCAGCGAAGAGCACGUCACGAUUCACCAGAUGUUUCACCUCCAAGAUCAAAUGUCCGAAGUGGACGGCAUGACUCUUCCUCACCUUCACCCCCAAGGAAGAUUUCAAAGGGUUCCCCCUUGAGGAGGACGAACAGAAACAACAAAGAAGGGUCCUCACACUCCAAAAAGUCCAAAGGCAGUUCCAGAGAUCCUGACCUAUCACCGCCACGCAGGAAGGGUCCAAACAGGAGGGGUUCCGACUCGGACCAGUCGCCACCGAGGAGACGUCCUCAAACCGGACGAGGGUCAGACUCCGAUCUAUCCCCCCCGCGAAAGAAGAGGCAGGGUGGCCGAAACUCUGAUUCUGACCUCUCCCCUCCUCGGAAGCGACCGCAGGGUGGAGGAGGGUCUGACUCUGAUCUCUCUCCCCCUCGCCGACGCGCCUCCCCUGACGCGCAGGCUCCACGGAUGCUGUCAGGCGGAGCCGCAGGUCUCGUAUCUGUGGAAACCCUGAGAAAGGAGCAAGAAGAGAUUCGACGGAGGGAAAAGCACAACAAACCUCUUGAAGAGGAAUCCCGUAAUGCGCAGACUGUUUUCCGAGACAAGUCGGGGAGAAAGCGGGACAUCGAUGCUGAGCGGCAGGAACAGAGCAGGAAGGCAGGGGAGAAGGCGGAGAAGGAUGAGAAAUACACUCAGUGGGGCAAAGGGCUGGCUCAGGGCCAGAUGCAGCAGCAGAAUGUGGAGGACGCCCUGAGGGAGGCCCAGAAGCCUCUGGCCCGGCACCGAGACGACGAGGAUCUGGACCGCAUGCUGAGGGAGCAGGAGAGGGAUGGAGAUCCCAUGGCUGCCCUGCUGCGCAAGAAGAAAGCCAAGGAGAACAAGCUGAAAGGCAUUAAAGAGAAACCACGGUAUAGAGGACCAGCCCCGCCUCCAAACCGCUUUAACAUCAUGCCCGGAUACCGCUGGGAUGGUGUGGACAGGUCCAACGGUUUUGAGCAGAAGCGCUACAAUAGGAUGGCUGACAAGAAAGCAGUGCAAGACAUGGCUUACAAGUGGAGUGUGGAGGACAUGUAGAUAUCCACCAAGGACCAACAGGGCCUGUGGCCCCCUCGCCACCACCAUAACGCUCGACUGGACACUAUGCUGCUGGGUUGUAGAACUCAGCCCUGUAGCCUUUGCACUGAUCUUUGGCUUUCUUCUUUGCCGGAGUGGACACUCAGAUGGUCUCCUAGACGACAGCAGUGAAGCUGUUGUGAACCCAUAUGUCAACUUUAUUUCCUUUUCACAGUAAUUAAAUGUACUUUUUAUAAA